UUCAGGUUUAGAUUUAGCUCCAUCAUUUAAGUUGCAAGUAAAUAUCCAAGUGUCACUUUGCGUGUUAUAAGUUCACCCUCUACGUCAUUUAUUUGCCCGUAUUUUUGUAAUAAAUCCUCCCAUGCUAACAGAAUGCUAGCCAACAGGCCGCACUUCCUCUUCGUUAGAUAGAAGACAUCUUUACCUUUGUUAGCAUACUAACUGCACCGGUCGACUAUUUAGCUUCUAAUAUGUUAAAAACUAGUAACAUAAUGUUUAUUUAAGCAGCAUAGACGUGCUUUAACAAAAGAGCAUUCAAGUUUUUAAAGAUAAAAGCCAUGCCAGGCUUAAAGCUGAUAUCUGCGACUGACACGCAGUAUUCGGCAGCUCUUCUGAAGUCUCUGAAUGAGCAGCGAAGCCAUGGAUUGUUUUGUGAUGUCACCAUCAUUAUACAGGACAAAAAAUUCAGAGCGCACAAAACAAUUCUGUCCGCCUCUAGCACGUACUUUCACCAGCUCUUUGAUGUCGCUGGACAAGUGAUCGAGCUUAACUUCAUCAAGCCAGAAAUCUUUGAACAUGUCCUCAACUACAUCUACAGCUCCAAAAUUGUCCGCAUCCGGUCUGACAUGCUUGAGGAGCUCAUAAAAGCUGGAAAGAUACUGGGAGUGAAUUUUAUUUCUAACUUGCAUUCUCCACUUUCACAAGUGAAAGGUUUGCAAGGUUUGUCGCAGGAGUUGGGAAACAAAGGCAGCUCUUCUUCGGAAAUCAUGCCUGUGAUUGCUGAGUCUUUCUCCAUUUCUGCAGAGGAAUUCAACCAGGCGAAGAAACCUGCAGCUGAUGAGGAGGACUUGGACGAUGUUGUGUUUGUUUCGCAUACAGAUGCUCAAAGCAGAGCAGCAAGUCGGAGAGCCGAUCCCUCUGAAAUAAUUGAUUUGGACAAAGUGGAUUCAGAAAGCGUUGGAACCAGGCAGAGUGAAGAUUCAAAUCAUGCAGUAAAAACAGCAGCUGUCCUGAGAACCAAUGGUGCCAAGUAUCCUAGCAUCACUGGACAAGUGAACAGUCCUCUAAACAAUCCAGACAGCAGCUCCAGUAACUUAUCACCUAGGGUGUCCUCUGGGAGUGUCCCCACAACACCUUCUCAAUCCCACAGCCUCACCCCUCAGCCGACAAGUGCUUCCCAGACAUUUGAAACUAGCGAGAUGUUGGGGGUUCACAAAAAGCAAGUGGCAACAUCUCAGCAUUCGGAUUUCAAGAUAAGGCUCAUGGACGUUUCUGAAAUCUCAUCUAUCACUGCUGACAACCUCAAGGGAAGUACAGAAGCAAAACAGACGGUGACCCUGGACACAGGCACACAGAUCGAUUCUCUUUCAUCGGGUUGUAAAGUGUACGCUAACAUUGGAGAGGACACCUACGACAUUGUCCAAAUGAAAGAAGAUCCAGGAGAAGGAGGCUCUAAACCCAAAGUGAAAAGAGCGUUGAUGGCAACGCCCAAAAAACCCUUUGAUGACAUGCCGUUGUCGCCAUUGGAAGGUCCAAAGAAAAAGAAGAACACCAUGGAACUAGAGGAUCACUAUGAGGUGGUCAUGGAUGGAAAGACUUUUUACGUUUGCGCCGUGUGUAGACGCCCGUACGUGUGCAUCACUAGCCUGCGUCGUCACUUCAAUACUCACUCAUGGGAAAAGAAGUACCCAUGUCGGUUCUGCAACAAGGUUUUCGCCCUGGCAGAAUACAGAACUAAACACGAAGUGACCCACACUGGUGAAAGGAGGUACCAGUGCCUGAUCUGUAAUGAAAUGUUUGUAAAUUACCAGGUUCUCUCCAACCACUGCAAGCAGGCCCACAAUCAGGAUGCAUGCGGGAGGAAGGAGAAAGAUGACGGAGGCAACAAAUUGUACCGCCUGCUGCCAUGUAGAUCAAAUAAGAAAAAGUCAUGGGUGACCAACCUACAGGACUCGCCACUCAUUUCUGAUGAUGGUAGCAUGCUGGAAAUGAACUCUGCAGACACGGAGGCCAUCCACUCACCAUCCCAGAACAGGAUGUUGAGCUGGGACGACAUCUUCACUGAGCCGGGUGCUCACAUGAGACCAGACUCUCACACACAGCCAAUAUCAGCCAUGAGCUCUCCUCUAGAUGGAGCCACUGAGUUUGAAUAUAUCACAUCAUAGACCUCAGUCAGUCCUCCUAUCCUGUGCCUUCUUGGUUAUUCUUCUAUUUUAGUCCUCAUUUUCAACUUAUCUGAAGACAAAAUCUAAACCCUCAGCAUAUAAAGGCUUUUAGCAAUGUCUUCAUGUUAUGAAGUUAACAAGAUUUGAAUGGUUAAACUUUUAUUAUAAAUGUUAUACAUUGCCCCACAGUUUGUCACUAAUGCUUGCAGAUUGUCGUAACAGACGAGUCUACUAGAAGUUAUAAAGCCUCUUUCAUACCAGAAUGUGCACAUUCUCUUGUCUCUAAAAGUGAAGACUUUUUUUUUUUUUUGCCUUUAAAAAAAUCUGUGAUGAAAUUUGUUGUAUAUCUAUUAUAGCAGCUAUGGACAUUCAACAGGAAAAGAUCUGUUAAGUCAUUGCUUUUAGUUGAUUUGAUAAUGGGACCUUUUAUUUAUGUAUAGAUAUAAUAUUCAUCCAUUUUCUGACACGCUUUAUCCCAAGUGGGGC